AUGUCCAUCCUCGCCCGCCAGACUGUGCGCUCCGCUCGCACCGCUUUCCGCCAGCAGCAGGCCCCCCUGCUCCGCCGCAACCUCCACGUCGAGAACACCCACGAGACCUCUCUGCCGUUCCCCUCGGGCCCCACCCGCAAGGUGCCCGUCGCCAUCAGCCUCACCACCUUCCUCGUCGUCGGCUUCUCCCUGCCCUUCGUCGCCGCCAAGUUCCAGAUUGCCAAGGCCUCGUGGUAA